AUGAUUCAUGUGGAGCCUUUCAGGCGCCUGCGCACUGCAGCAGACUGGCCCGAGGCUUCGCUGCAGCAGCAGCAGCAGCAGCAGCAGCAGCAGCAGCAAAGCCACAGGCCAGAAGCAACAGCAGUAUAUGUCAUUGUGGUGUUGAGCCUUUUGGCCCUGGCCAUUCUUUCGGUGGGCCUUUGGUGGUGCAAGCACGGCUUCGGGUCCCCGGGCCUGCAGGCCAGCAGCAGCAGCAGCAGCAGCAGCAGCAGCAGCAGCAGCAGCAGCAGCACGGUGGCGCGCGCAGCAGCAAAGCCGCGCAAGGGCAGCAGCAACAGCGAAGGCCUCUGGGGGGACUUGGGGGCUUUCAGCGCAGCAGCUUUUAAGCCCUGCAGCGUUGAGGUGCGGGGAAGCAGCAGGUUGCAGCUGCCGCCGCCCCCGCCUGCUGCUGCAGCAGCAGCAGCAGCAGCAGCAGCAGCAGCAGCAAGCAGCAGCAGCGUCGUGCGGGUGCGCUCGCGCAGGGCAAGAGCAGCAAAGGCCAGGGCCCGGCUGCGGCGGCUGCGCUCGACGAGAUCUUUUUGCGGCCUUUGCAGCCAGCCCUACAGCCACUGCAGGCUGCCUGCAGCAGCAGCAGCAGCAGCAGCAGCAGCAGCAGCAGCAGCAGCAGCAGCGGGCGGGGCGGCCGGCAGCAGCGCCGACUCCCUCUCCGGGAAGGCCAAGGGCCCGCAGUGUAUAGACAGAUAUGUCUUGGGGCUGCAGAUGCUGCAGCGGGCAGCUUUGCUGCGGAUAAGAAGGUCUGGGGCUUCAGCAGCAGCAGCAGCAGCAGCUGCUGCUGCUGCUGCUGCUGCGGAGGGCGCCUAG